CACUUCUGUGGAGACUUCAGUUAAACAAAAGCGCUGGCUGUGAGCGGUAAUAAAAUCGAAGGGAAACUGAUCGAUCACUUUAAAUUCAAACAAAAGCGGCGGUGGAGUGAAUUUAAAUUUGAAUAAAACAACGAUUCCGACAAAUAACAUUUGUGGUGGUUUUAGUUUGUGUCUAUUCAUCUUAACCCAUAAAAUCUUUGGAUGGGAUUUUAAAAAAAUUGGAUCACAAUUCAAAAAUAAAAAAUAUCAAUUUCAAAAUGUUCCCAAGGCGGCUAAAUUUGGUCCUAAUUCUAUCCUUCCUAGUCUAUGGCAAUGCCUUGCCUCAACAGAGCACUGGCACUUAUGAUCCUGACAUCACAGCUUUGGUAGAUAAUGUGUUUGGCCAACCCAACCAGCAGCAACAACAACAACAACAGCAGCAGCAACCACAACAGCCAGCAACACAAACCACUAGAAAGCCCACUGGUUUUGCCAAUAUUGUCACUCCAGAUCCUAUUGGAGCCAACACCCAGUUCAAUUCUAUCAGUGGUCGCUCUCAGUGUAAUUGUGUUCCCUAUCAUUUGUGUGAUCCCAGUAACAAUACCCCGGCCACCAUGGAGGACGACAUUUUCGAUGGCUUCGGUUUAAUCGAUAUUCGUUUUAAUAGAGAUGAUGAUCCUGUGUGUGCACAUUUCCUUGACGUAUGCUGCGAUGGCAAUCAUACCCGAUCGGAGAGCUUGAAUCCCAAACCGCAAGAGGAGAGACCAAAUCGUCCCAAGGGUUGUGGAGUACGUAAUGUGGGAGGCAUUGAUUUCAACAUAACGGGAGCCAAUGAUAACGAGGCCGGAUUUGGGGAAUUUCCUUGGACUGUGGCUCUGUUGAACUCUAGAAAUUCCAGUUAUUUCUGUGCUGGGUCUCUUAUACAUCCCCGUGUGGUUUUGACGGGAGUACAUUGUGUCAUUGGGCAAACGUUGGAUAGUUUUGUAGUUCGCGCCGGUGAAUGGGAUACUCAGACGGUUAAAGAACGUUUGGCUUAUGAGGAGAGUGCUCCUUCGAAAGUGAUAACCCAUCCUCAAUAUAAUUCACGAAAUGUGGCCAACGAUUUUGCUUUGGUCAUCCUCAGACAACCCUUCACUUUGGGCGAUCACAUCAAUGUGGUUUGUUUGCCCCCUGCUAAUAGUUCACCGGCAGCCAGAACCACUUGUUUCUCCACCGGCUGGGGCAAGGAUCAAUUUGGAGCUAAGGGACGUUACAGUGCCAUCAUGAAACGUCUACCCUUGCCCAUUGUGGACUAUAACACAUGCCAAACACAAUUGCGUGGUACACGUCUGGGACCCAAAUUCGCUUUGGAUCGUUCAUUUAUCUGCGCCGGAGGGCAGGCGGGCAUUGAUACAUGCCAAGGUGAUGGAGGUGCCCCUCUGGUAUGCCCUAUUGGUCAGGCUGGUGAUAAUCGCUAUCAACAAAGUGGCAUUGUGGCCUGGGGUAUUGGAUGUAAUGACCCCAUUCCGGCAGCUUAUGCUCAUGUUGGUCUAGCCCGCGAUUGGAUAGAUGAGCAAAUGUAUGCGAAUGGUUUUGACACCACAGCGUACAGUGUUUAAUAAGAAGAGAGAGAGAGAGAGGAGUUGCAAGGAAGAAAAGAGUUUGGAAUAAAAAAAUCUUUAAUAUACAUCAA